UCAAUCGGCUUUCAGAAACGUGACCUGUUGUAACUCGUAGGCGAAAAAGUCUAUUCACUACGAUCUUCUCAAGUUCUCCAUCCAAGUUCAUCAGAGAUUCCUUUUACAAAGAGAAACUGUUCUAGAUAAAUAGAUACAUACAUACAUAGAUACAUAGAUAGAUACAGACAGGUUUGAGAACAAGGGCGAGCUGAACUGCCAUGACCCCAUGCUCUGAUAUUAAUUGGCGUCUUCGUGUUCGUCCCAGUCCAAAUGAUCAACAACAACGUCAACGGUUCAAUGUCUACGCCGUCUUCCGCCUCGAAUGUUCAAUCGCAGGGUCUUAAAACAUACUUCAAGGCACCCGAGGGCCGCUACAAGCUCCAUUCAGAGAAGACUCAUCCAUCCGGCCUCCUUCCUUACGCCCAUGGCAAAUCCGUCACUCAGAUAACCCUAGCGGAGCUUAAGGAGAAGCAAGCGCAACUGCCGCAUCUUUCAAGCACGAGCUACAGCGCGAGCAGUGGAGUCAGGUAUGUUGCAUCUAAGUUUCUUGGAAGUAGCAAUGGAAGCCGAGGGAAUAGCGGUUUGGCCGGAGGAGGGAGUGCAACGAGUAAAGUUAAUGGAGGAGCGAGUAGGAGUGUGUCUCUAGCAUCUAAUGGUUCUCAUUCCGUGAUAAAUCCGAGUUUUGAUGGUAAAGGAACCUUUCUGAUAUUCAACGUAGGGGAUACAUUGUAUACCAGUGACCUUAGUUCACAGGAUAAAGACCCUAUAAAGGCGAUUCAUUUUAGUAGCUCGAAUCCUAUUUGUCAUGCUUUUGAUUCGGAAGCUAAGGAUGGUCAUGAUUUGCUGAUUGGAUUGAGCUCCGGAGAUGUCUAUUCUGUCACUUUGAGGCAGCAAUUACAGGAUGUUGGAAAGAAGCUUGUGGCAGCCCAGCACUAUAAUAAAGAUGGUUCAACCACUGUCAGUCGAUGUACUAGUGUCGCAUGGAUACCUGGACGUGAUGGUGCCUUUGUUGUUGCUCAUGCUGAUGGAAACUUGUACGUAUACGAAAAGGGCAAGGAUGUUACUGGUGAUUCUGUAUUCCCUGUAAUCAAAGAUCAGAACCAGUUUUCUGUUGCACAUGCAAAAUCCAGUAAGAGUAAUCCUAUUGCACGAUGGCACAUUUGUCGAGCUUCCAUCAAUGCUAUUGCCUUCUCCGCUGAUGGAAAAUAUUUGGCAACUGUUGGGAGAGAUGGUUACUUGCGAGUUUUUGACUACCACAAUGAACUCCUGUUUUGUGGUGGAAAAAGCUAUUAUGGUGCCCUUCUAUGUUGCGCCUGGAGUGCUGAUGGAAAAUAUAUCUUGACCGGCGGUGAAGACGAUCUAGUUCAAGUUUGGAGUAUCGAAGAUAGGAAAAUAGUUGCAUGGGGAGAAGGGCACAACUCAUGGGUGAGUGGAGUGUAUUUUGAUUCAUACCAGUUAGCUCCAACUCCAGAAGACGACAUGGAAACGAACGUGGUUUACCGUUUUGGUUCAGUUGGUCAGGACGCCCAAUUACUUCUAUGGGAUCUCGCGAUGGAGGAGAUUGUAGUUCCAGUUCGAAGAUGCGUGCCAGGUGGGUCCCCCACAUUCAGCGUUGGGAGCCAAUCGUCUCACUGGGACAACACAGUGCCAGCUGGCUCCCUCAUGUCAGCUCCAAGAAUGAGAGACGUUCCUAAACUGUCCCCCAUAGUGGCUCACCGCGUCCAUUCCGAACCCUUGUCAGGGUUGGUUUUUACUCAAGAAUCUGUCAUCACUUCAUGCAGAGAAGGCAAUAUCAAAGUCUGGUUAAGACCGGGUCAUCACCACCACGAAGUCCAAGCAAGCAAUACGGAAACAGUUUUAAAGGAGAAGAGUACUACGCCACCAUUACCACCCGUAAAAGCUUUUAGUCACAAAUGAGUACAGACUGAACCUAAUUUGGGUUAUUACUAUUAAGUUAUCAAAAAUCCCCAAACAACUUGAGAAGGAUUAAGAGAGGCAGAGUUGUACAAAGUUGACGACGACUGUAUACAAGGAUGAUGGAGUUUGUUCUUCCUAUAAUCAUCCCCUAUUACAGACAGAAAGACAAGCCUUGUUCCUUCAUUGAGUUUGUGUCUCACAAUCAAUAAACAAUAAACCCAUCUUAUAAUAGCCUUCUUUCUUUAUUUGGUUUGUAAACUAAUUGGCAUUUUCAAAAUUUCCUAACAAUGUAUGUUUGUGGGAUGGAUUUAUUCAAUUAUAAAUUCUUUUCCUUUUAGCUUA